CUGUUUUGCAAUUUCCUCUCUACGUGUUGUUCUUGAGGAUCAAAUUACGUUUCGCGAAAAGAUCGAGCGGUGGGCGAGACAUGUCGCUGGCUCCUAAUGCGCUCCGGAAGCUGAGCAAGGAGCUCGUGAAGCUCCAGCGCAGCCCGCCGGACGGCAUCGGCAUCGAGGUGGGCGAGGGGCACCUGCUCGAUGUCGAGGGCUGGAUCAGAGGACCCGCUGGCACGCCAUACGAGGGCGGGUUCUUUCGGGUCGGGUUCAACUUCAACGGCGUCGACUUCCCCGCCUCGCCCCCUCUCUGUACCAUGAAGACGAAAAUCUUUCACCCCAAUGUCUCGUCCAAAGGAGAGAUCUGCGUCUCAACUCUGAAAAAGGACUGGUCCUCCUCCUACGGCCUUGAACACAUACUCGUCGUUAUCAAGUGCCUUCUCAUCAGUCCCAAUCCAGACAGCGCGUUGGAUCCCGAUGCUGGCCGGCUGCUCCAAGAAGCCUACGAAGACUACGCUUACACAGCCAGAGUCUGGACAAAAACGCAUGCCUUCGAAAGACCAGGCUGCCUUCCUCUGACCGAGUCGGAGCUCGCGGCAUCGAAAGCAGACGAGGAAAUGGCAGCGACAGCGGCAGCGACCGCAGCUGAAGUAGGCCCCCCGCCUCUGUCGGCGAGCAGCUCUUCCAAUACAAUCACCUUUGCCUCUUUCGGAGAGGCGUCCAAAAAGGUCACACCCUGCCAAAAGCCAGGAGCAGAUGUCAGCAUCGCAACGGGCAAAGUGGCGGCAUCCCCGAUGCUCUCAGCAAGCAUGGUCGCUUCAGCCAUCGACAGCAAAAGCGAGCUGCCUCAGGAGGCUUCCAAAAGCAUAAAGAAGAGGGGCAUCAAGCGUCUCUAGUCCGUCAAGUACCACCUGCAGGUCAACAACACUUAUGAGCUUAUCUAGACGCAGCACAACACAGCAUACUCAUACCCAACAGCCUCCAUACUGUACAGUCACACGUUCCUCAAAGCAUUGAAUGAAGAUUGAGCGAUCCUUCUCUAGGGU